ACUCUCAGAAGCGCAGCCAUGGCCGACCUCUUCUCUUUCUCUCUCCACUUUUAAUUUUUAGGGUUUUAUUUUUUCCUUUUUCUUCUGACAAUCGUGAUGCAUAUAGCGAUCACAACUUCAUCAUCUUCAUCUGCAAUUCUUAGAGCUUCUUCUAGAGUUCGUUUCUCAAAACCCUCUUCUCUUUUUCUCUCUAGAGCUUCAUUUCCAUCUUUGCCGUUCAGAUCGCUGAGCACGUCAUCGGCGUUCCGUUCUGUUUCACGGUGGAGUCACGGUGUUGGCUGGAAAUCAUCUCUCACUCUUAGGGCUCAGAUCGGAACCGUUACUCCUGUCCUUCAACAGUUUCAACGAAACAUCGUUUCCAUGGCUUCUGAAAAUCCUUUCAAGGGCAUAUUCACUACUCUCCCCAGGCCUGGAGGAGGCGAGUUCGGAAAGUUUUACAGUCUUCCUGCUCUAAAUGAUCCUAGGAUCGACAAGCUCCCAUAUUCUAUCAGGAUUCUUCUGGAGUCUGCCAUACGCAAUUGUGAUAACUUUCAAGUUACCAAGCAUGAUGUUGAAAAGAUUAUUGACUGGGAAAACACUUCACCAAAGCAAGUGGAGAUUCCAUUUAAACCUGCUCGUGUUCUCUUACAGGAUUUUACUGGAGUUCCAGCUGUAGUUGACCUUGCUUGUAUGCGAGAUGCAAUGAACAGGCUUGGUGGUGACUCUAAGAAGAUCAACCCAUUGGUGCCAGUAGACCUUGUGAUCGACCAUUCCGUUCAGGUUGAUGUCGCAAGGAGUGCAAAUGCUGUCCAAGCAAACAUGGACCUUGAAUUUCAGCGCAACAAUGAGCGGUUUGCCUUCCUUAAAUGGGGAUCACAUGCCUUCGACAACAUGCUUGUUGUUCCUCCUGGUUCUGGUAUUGUUCACCAGGUCAAUCUGGAGUAUCUUGGUCGAGUUGUCUUCAACACUGAUGGGCUUCUAUAUCCUGAUAGUGUUGUUGGAACUGAUUCCCACACAACGAUGAUCGAUGGAUUGGGAGUGGCUGGCUGGGGAGUAGGAGGAAUUGAAGCAGAGGCAACAAUGCUUGGACAGCCCAUGAGCAUGGUAUUGCCCGGUGUUGUUGGAUUCAAGUUGUCUGGAAAGUUGCAAAAUGGUGUAACAGCUACCGAUUUGGUGUUAACCGUGACCCAGAUGUUGAGAAAGCAUGGCGUUGUUGGCAAAUUUGUUGAGUUCUUCGGUGAGGGUAUGCGUGAACUGUCAUUGGCUGAUAGAGCAACUAUUGCAAAUAUGUCACCGGAGUAUGGUGCAACCAUGGGUUUCUUCCCGGUAGAUCACGUCACGUUGCAGUACCUUAAAUUAACAGGAAGAAGUGAUGAUACCGUGGCGAUGAUUGAAGCAUACUUGCGAGCAAACAAAAUGUUUGUCGAUUAUAGUGAGCCUCAACAAGAGAAAGUUUACUCAUCUCAUCUACAACUGGAUCUAAGUGAUGUUGAACCCUGUAUUUCUGGUCCUAAACGGCCUCAUGACCGUGUUCCCAUAAAAGAAAUGAAGACCGACUGGCAUUCAUGUCUUGAUAACAAAGUUGGAUUUAAGGGCUUUGCUGUACCGAAGGAGGCACAAGACAAAGUCAUCAGCUUUCCAUUUAAUGAACAAACUGCUGAACUAAAGCAUGGUAGUGUUGUGAUAGCCGCCAUCACAAGUUGUACAAACACAUCUAACCCUAGUGUCAUGCUUGGGGCUGGUCUUGUUGCAAAGAAGGCUUGCGAACUUGGUUUGGAGGUUAAGCCAUGGGUAAAAACAAGCCUUGCUCCUGGUUCUGGGGUUGUUACAAAAUACUUGCUCCAGAGUGGUCUGCAAAAGUACUUGGACCAACAGGGAUUCAAUAUAGUGGGCUAUGGCUGCACAACGUGUAUUGGGAACUCCGGAGAUCUACAUGAGUCGGUUGCCUCUGCAAUUGCAGACAAUGAUAUUGUUGCUGCAGCAGUGCUUUCCGGAAACCGAAACUUUGAAGGACGUGUUCAUCCUCUGACACGAGCCAACUAUCUUGCUUCACCUCCUUUGGUUGUGGCUUAUGCUCUUGCUGGCACGGUUGACAUCGACUUCGAAAAGGAGCCAAUUGGAACUACAAAGGAUGGAAAGAGUGUGUAUUUCAAGGAUGUUUGGCCGAGUAACGAAGAAAUUGCUGAGGUGGUCCAGUCAAGUGUGCUGCCCGAUAUGUUCAAGAGUACCUACGAGGCUAUCACACAGGGAAAUCCAAUGUGGAAUAAGUUAUCCGUCCCUUCAUCCAGUCUCUAUUCGUGGGACCCUAAGUCAACCUACAUUCAUGAACCGCCGUAUUUCAAGGACAUGACCAUGGACCCACCAGGUCCACAUGGAGUGAAGGAUGCUUAUUGCCUGCUCAAUUUCGGUGAUAGUAUCACCACCGACCAUAUUUCUCCAGCAGGCAGUAUCCAUAAGGAUAGCCCGGCUGCCAAGUUCCUCCUUGAGCGUGGGGUUGACCGUAAGGACUUUAACUCUUAUGGUAGCCGUCGUGGGAACGAUGAAGUAAUGGCGAGAGGAACGUUUGCGAAUAUCCGCAUUGUUAACAAGCUAUUAAAUGGGGAGGUGGGCCCUAAGACCAUUCACAUUCCCACAGGAGAGAAGCUUUCUGUGUUCGAUGUAGCAACGAGGUAUAAAGAGGCUGGGCAGGACACUAUUGUUUUGGCUGGAGCUGAAUAUGGAAGCGGCAGUUCCCGGGACUGGGCUGCCAAGGGUCCAAUGUUACAGGGAGUGAAAGCGGUUAUAGCGAAAAGUUUUGAGAGAAUCCAUCGCAGUAACCUGGUUGGAAUGGGCAUCAUCCCAUUGUGUUUCAAGGCUGGGGAAGAUGCAGACACUCUAGGGUUGACUGGCCAUGAACGUUACACAAUAGACCUACCAUCAAAAGCCAGCGACAUAAAGCCUGGUCAAGAUGUUACGGUUACAACCGACAAUGGUAAAUCUUUCACAUGUACAGUGCGAUUUGACACACAGGUAGAGUUGACUUACUUUGACCAUGGUGGAAUCCUUCCAUAUGUAAUCAGGAACCUGAUAAAGAAAUAGAAGCCAUGGUUGGAGUUCCAAAAUGCUACACUUUGUGUUUUUGCAUUCUGAAUAAAAGAGUUGUGUUCUUCCUGUACUUGUUGGUAAGAUUGAAGAUUUUGGUAGCACUGCUGUUUCCCGUAGGAGUCUGGGCCGUGUCUCGGUCCCAGUGUGGCUGAUCAUCCUUUCGAACCAGAUACUGAUCAUCACGGCAGUAAUUAACAAAUGUUUGCCAAAACAAUGAAGGAUUUGAGUUAUUUAUUCAUGCUAUUUUCAAUGCUUUAGCUUUUAAUGCAACUUUGACUUUCCAAUUUAAACAUGUCUUUUGAGAAGGAGAGAUCAUAUGCACGCCUAUUUAUAUCAGAAUCAGAUCAAUUAUA